GUUGAAACUGCGUGACGUCAGGUCAGUGACGGAGAAGCCGGGAUGCAAGCAAUUCGUUGUAGGAGAGAGUGCGUGCAUGAUAUUCUAUCCAGGAGAGUGCGACCAGUUCGCUGACUGCGGCGACAGCGAUUUCGGCAACAUGGGUAACGUUGUGGGGAUUAUUACUAACGGAAUUUAAUUGGGAGCGACCGGAAAAAUGGCAGAGAGGUUGGAGUGGGUUGAGAUCAUCGAGCCGCGCACGCGGGAGCGCAUGUACGCCAACCUCCUCACCGGAGAGUGUGUGUGGGACCCCCCUCAGGGGGUGCGUAUCAAGAGGACAGGGGACAACCAGUGGUGGGAGCUGUUCGACCCCAACACCUCCCGCUUCUACUACUACAACGCUUCUACGCAACGCACCGUCUGGCACCGCCCGCAGGCCUGUGACAUCAUCCCCCUCGCCAAGCUACAGACGCUGAAGCAGCACACGGACGUGCCCUGCCCGGGAGGGACAGGGGGGGACAAAGGAGGGAGGACGUCAGCGGAUAACAGUCCAGGGAGGAGCAGUGCCGUCAGUAGAGAGGGGAGCACCUCGUCUUCACUGGACCAGGACCUGACCACAUCGGAGAAACAGGGGAACAGAGAGGAGGCAGAGAGGACCUCUCCGUUCAGGUGGAACACAGGUACUAAGGAGAGGAUGCUGAUCAAGGUGACAGACAGAGAACCCAGCUUCCUCUCUCACCAGGGGAAUGGUUACUCCCCCUGCGACCCCCCCACCCUCCCCCUAGUCCCUGCACCCGGCACUGGCACAGCCUCCCGUACCCGCCGAUCCUCUGGAGGCUCCGCCCCCCCUGAUGGUGCCCCUGACGGCUCUCCCAUCCUCUAUGUUGACCGCCACCAGUCGCCCUUCCUAAAACGGGCGGAGCUAGGGGGCGGAGGAACAGGGACCCACCGGCGCUCGUCGGCUGACUCACAACCCUCUUCCCCCCGCUAUGCCUAUGAACCCCCCCUCUACGAGGAGCCCCCCUCGGAGUACCAGCCCCCGCCCAUCUACGAGGAACCUCCCACAGAUGUGAUGCGCCACCUGGGCUCUGACUCCUCCUCCUUGCUGUACGGCACAGGGAAGUCCCCCACCCGGGGAAAUCCCUCCUCGGGGACGCCCCUCUACCUCUCGCCCAAACAGAGCCACUCCCCCUACGGUCAGCUGGUGCUGACCAGACAGAAGUGCCCAGAGAAGACACAGAGUCUGGAGUACAGCCCUGCAGGGAAGGAGUACGUCAAACAGCUGGUCUAUGUGGAACAGUCCUCCUCCAGCCCGCGUUUUAAGACGUCCGACCGCCUCCUUCGCUACGGGACCUCCACGGCCACCCCUUCCUCCACGGGGGGUUAUGGGGGCUCCUACGGGGGAUCCUACACCCUCCAACACAGCCAGAGUCUGAUCCGGGACCCCCGGCUGCUGCUGGACUACGGGGGUGGGGAGGGGGGCGAAGGCGGGGGCCAGAGGCUGCUCUACGAGGACUCCAUGUCCUGGAGUUCCAGUCAGCACCACUCCCUCUCCCUCUCCGGGUCUACAGGAGGAGGGGGCUUCUCGCCCGGUGGCAACCGCAAACGCAAGACCCGGAAGCCCUCCCUGCCUCAGGAGCUGGGGAGUUGUGGAGGGGGUGGUGGGGUGGAGCGGGAGGAAGGGCCAAUGUCGGGGACGCUGUCGGAGGCGGUGAUGAACCAGGCCAGGCUGGCGUGGGAGGCCCAGCAGGUGAUGAAGCAGAGGAGCAGUUGGGACUCAGCCCCGGGAGGAGGGGGAUCGGCUGGUGGCUGUGCCCAGGGAGGUGUGUCUAAAGACGGGUACGAGAGCGACGGUGCGGUGCCUCUCCCCCUGCCAGGCCCGGUGGUGAGGGCGUUUAGUGAGGACGAGGCGUUGGCACAGAGCGACGGGCACCACGGGCAUUACCACUGGAAACGCAGCACCUUCGACAGACUGGGCUUCCCUCGGGCACUACUGGAGAAGAGCCUGUCUGUACAGACCAACCUGGCCUCGCCUGAGCCCUUCUUACACCCCUCACAGUCGGAGGAUCUUGGAGCCUGUGCUCAGUUCGAGGCAAGUCGUAAUGCUCGGAACAUGAUGCCCAGCGCAAGCUGUGGAGUUUUCCCAGAAUUCACCCUGCGGAAGCCGUCCUCGGAGACCGACAUCGAGAACUGGGCCUCCAAACACUUCAACAAACACACACAGGGUCUGUUCCGGCGCAAGGUGUCCAUAGCCAACAUGCUGGCAUGGAGCAGUGAGCCAAUCAGGAAGCCCAUGAUCGUGACGUCAGACCGUGCGGUGAAGAGAGAGGCGGUGGAGAUCUUUAAACUAAUCCAGACCUACAUGGGAGACCGCCGAGCCAAGACUGACCCACUCACUGUCGCCCUGGAGACUGGCCCACUGAACAUCGCCCUGGAGGUGGCAGUGCGUGGUUGGAGCAGUCAGGGUCUUCGUGAUGAGCUCUACAUCCAGCUCUGUCGUCAAACCACAGAGAACUUCCGCUACGAUAGUCUGGAGAGGGGCUGGGAGCUCAUGGCUGUGUGUCUGGCCUUCUUCCCCCCAACUCCACGCUUCCACUCCUACUUGGAGGGAUACAUCUACAGACACAUGGACCCCCUCAACGAUACUAAAGGAGUGGCGAUAAGCGGCUAUGCCAAAUACUGUUACCGUAAACUGCAGAAGGCUGCUCUGACCGGAGCUAAGAAGGGGUUGCAGAAGCCGUGUCUGGAGGAGAUCAAACAUGCCAGGAACGCCAUAUUCAGCCCCUCCAUGUUUGGCUCCUCCCUGGAGGAUGUGAUGUCACUGCAGAAGGAGCGUUACCCUGACAGCCAGCUGCCCUGGGUCCAGACACGCCUCUCAGAGGAGGUUCUGGGGCUCAACGGAGACCAGACAGAGGGCAUCUUCAGGGUUCCAGGUGACAUAGAUGAGGUCAACGCCCUCAAGCUGCAGGUGGACCAAUGGAAGAUCCCCACGGAUCUGGAGGACCCUCACAUCCCAGCAUCUCUGUUGAAGUUUUGGUACAGGGAGUUGGAGGAGCCGUUGAUUCCGCAUGAGUUCUAUGAGGAGUGUAUCACUCACUAUGAUGACCCUGAGGCUGCAGUCAACGUUGUCAUGGCCCUGCCUCACAUCAACAAACUGGUGCUCUGCUACCUCAUACGUUUUCUACAGGUGUUUGGCCAGCCUACCAACGUGGUGAUAACUAAGAUGGAUGUGAACAACCUGGCCAUGGUGAUGGCUCCCAACUGCCUGCGCUGCCAGUCAGACGACCCACGCAUCAUCUUUGAGAACACGCGUAAAGAGAUGUCCUUCAUCCGCGUGCUCAUCCAGCGCCUCGACACCAGCUUUAUGGAUGGCCUGCUAUAGCCCCCCAACUGUGCCCCAAAACGACCAUACGACACGGAGCGCCUCUCUCCCUGCUAUAGCCGUCCACUUUUCAACUACUCUACCCUGAAAAAAACCCACACGGGUUGCCCCCCAAUUUGAAAUGUGCCCAUAAAUCCACCAAGGCUCCACCUGCCCCACAGACCCUGUUCUAGCCCCCCAACAUCAAUUGGGAUGACCAGUUGGGAUACCUCCCAACUCCAACUGCCUACCCAUAUACCCUGCUAUAGCCCCCAAACUACAACUACUGACCCCAAAACCAUCCAUUCACACAGGACGGGAUGAUCCCCGAAGGAGCCCCAACCCAGCCUGACCCGGACCCCUGACCUCUAACCUCUACCCCCACCCUACACACAGGGACUUGCGUCUCACACACACUGAUGUACAGGGUUACACAUACUCACAUAGACAUACUGUCACAUGUACAUUUACUGACGUGUACACACACUCACUUGUAUAGUACACAUCCAUACACACAAUUUCUGAAAUCAGGGUGUCGGACCACAAAUCAGCUCCGAACCCAGAGCUGCAGUCAAACUGCCAUCAGAUGUCCCACUCAGGCUGUUUACCAUUGAUAAAAAUGGUCACAGUUCCGGUCUGCUUAAGGGAUGACUCUUUCAUAGGUACCAAUGCAUUAGCAGCUGAGUCUGGUCUGUUUAGUUCAUUGACUAAAUGAACCAGAAAAAAAGGAGGGCGUGAGAUGUCUCGCUUCCUCUCCUGUCUCUGCUGCCAUGAAGCCUGUCAGUCCAUCUGCACUGUUGUCACCAACCAACUGAUGUCAAUAAAGUUCUUUAUUUAGAUUUUUCGGGACGGUGGGGGGGGUGAAUCCAGGUCAGGUGCUAGACGGGAUCAUCGCAGCACUGCCAAUCAACCGUGACUGUUGCAACCAGAAGUGAUAGACAACCCUACAGCCCUUAUCGCCCAUCCACCUGGUACAUAGGCCCUCCUGCCCCACUCACCCCUCUGACCACCCAGACAACCACACAACCUCUACCCCUAGAGCCCCUCACCAUCUACCCCCACAACACAUCCUCAAGAUGGUGCACACCUCUAUACUCUCAUACUGAUAUGAUUUCCCAAUGUCUCAAUUGAGAUCCGUCCACCUCUGUCUGUCUGUCUGUCUGUCUGUCUGUUUCUCUCGGUCAGAAAAACUGGACCUGUCUUUUGGACCUGUAAACUUUUCUUUAGUUGCUGAUUUGACUGGGUAUGGAUUAAAAAUAUAUGUUAUUAUUUUAUUAAUUGAUUUGUUGUAUUUAACAGAGUUAAGUUUUUUGCCCACGAUUUUAUAUCAUUUAAUUUAUUUGUAUUUAUUUCAGCAAUAUUUCCUAAUGCCUUCUUAUUAGACAAUAUACUUUAGGAUUCACGUUGUCUGUCUGUGUGUCCCACAUUGCACCCUAUUCCCUUUAUAGUGCACUAGUUUUUUUGUCAAAAGUAGUGCACUAUAUAGGGAAUAGGGUGCCCUUUGGGAUGCACAUCGUCUUUAUGUUUGAGAGAAUGAGUGUGGACAUGUAGGCAUGUAUGUGCUUGUGUCUGUGUUUUCAAUACAAUAGGGCAUAUCACACAUACAUGUUCAUAUGUGCUCUCUGAAGGGUACAGUUGGUGUGUCUCUCUGUGUGUCUGAGAGUUAAGUCCUGCUGUUUUUUUUUUGUUCUGUUCAGUCUGUGUUUACACACGCGCACACACCACCCUUAACCUAAUUAAGUCCACAUUCUCGCAGAAGGACUCUCGUACUCUAACAUUCACGGAAGCCCUCACGCACUCAGAUGUUGCGUAUCUGUGGAUGGAUCUUUUCUGCGUUAAAUAGCAGUCAAGCAACAUGUUGAAGAGAUAAAGUGGAUGAGUGAGGAAGAACGGGAGGGGAGAAUGGGGUGUAUGUCACUAUGUGGGGUGGCAGGGUAGCCUAGUGGCUAGAGCGUUGGACUAGUAACCGAAAGGUUGCAAGUUCAAAUCCCGACAAGGUACAAAUCUGUCGUUCUGCCCACAAGGCAGUUAACCCACAAGGCAGUUAACCCGUCAUUGAAAAAUGUACAGUACCAGUCAAAAGUCUGGACAAACCUACUCAUUCAAGGGUUUUUCUUGAAUUAGUAUGUGCAUCCCAAAAGAUACCCUAUUUCCCUCGUCAAAAGUAGUGCAUUAUAUAGGGUGCCAUUUGGUAGGUAGUGUCCUUUAAAUCAAUGAUGUAUAGCAUUACAACACCUGGUUACCAAGUAGUCCUACCUCGGUUGCACAAGGACUGGGUGCAUUCUAUCAGGGUGGGACCUGGACCAUUUCUAAUCAAACAAAGCUUGGCAUCAUCUGACACAGGAACAGGAUACAUGUCCUUUGGAACAGGAUACAUGUCCUUUGAUACAGGAUACAUGUUGUUUGACCACAUUUGAAUGAGCAAAUAGUUCUGAUGAUUAUGACAGAGACAUGAUCUAGUCCAAAAGCUAGCUGCUCGUUGUGACUCGCCCUGCAUCAGAGAGCUCAUUGAACAGGAGAGACCGACAGAGCAAUAACCUAGACCCUCUGGAUCAGUAACCAGGUUUCUAUCCAACCUUUUUAAGUGAGUGAAGUAUAGAUAAAACAUUUCACGACAGUCCUGAUGGAAACCGCAAAUAACCAUCAUAUCGAAGCAAACUUCGAGUCACGUGAUGAUAUGUUUGGUCGUCUUCCCACUAUAAUACUGCAGUGAUUGAUGCUCCUUUCCAAUAAAUAUUGAGGGUCUUAAUCCAGAGAAAUGAUGAUCGAUACUUGGCUGCCUUUUGACAUGUUAAAAUAAUCUCGCUCUUUUGUCCAUUAUAAUGUCAUCAUAUAGGCUAUCCUACGUGCACUGUAUCUGCCAGCUGUUGGCCAGAGAGCACGUACCAAGACCAGAGUGGGCACAGUCGCAAUAUAACGCCAUUUAUUUUUUUACAUAACCACAUUUAACUUGUAUUAUUUAUUCGGUACAUUGUCAUUUAACCGCAAAAGUUAUUUUUAUGUGCACUACGUCUUAAGGCACAGACUUUUUUCCGCAACAGGUCAGUUUGAUGGAAACACAUCUCGGGUAGGAAAAUGCAUAUUUUUGAAUAUUCACAUGAACAUCUGUCGCCAAUUGGAUGUACUCUUCAUUUACCUCUCAACAAUGGCUGAAUUACAAUCUGUAAGUAGUAGAACUGAUCACUCAAUACUUUGUCCAAUACUACAUUUUUUACUGACAUGUUUAAAACUAUUUUCUACAGUGGAAAGGAGGGCAUACACUCACGUUAACAACAUAGACUACCAAGGGGCACUGCAAAAAUACUACUCUCAGAGACAGAAAGACGGAACAAAAAUGUGUGUGUGUGUAUGUGUUUGUGUAAGGGACGGCAGUAGAAAAUUGACCAAUCAGCAUGCAGAACUUCGGGUCACCACUUUUAAAAACAAAGUAAAUAAAAGAAAAAUACAUGAAAAAAAGAAACAUGAAAUACUUACAGAAAGGAUUUACAAACAUGAAGUGUUAAAAAUAAAUGUUUCCACUUUAAGAGAUGAUUUUUAAUCUCUUUGUUUUCAAUGAUUACUGGUUGGUUCUCGUUUUUGAUUUGUUGCUACAUAUGUUCUUCUUACAGUUCGUGUCCAUACUGUUAUUAUCAUUAUUAAUGUAAUUAAAAUGACUGAUAUUGAUCACAAGUAAGGUGGGAAUCAGCUGCUAUGUACUCUGUGCUCCUCACCUCCUCCUUUUCCUCCUCUAACUUCCCCUACUCCCUGCUCCUCAACCUUUUCUUUUCUCUUUUAAUGUCCACUGUCUGUCACUCAAACAAAAAUCGACAUUGUUUAAUAAACAAUUAAAAUGUGAAAUAUUCA